CGAGGGGCGGGGGCCGCCCCGAGCCCGCUCCGGACCUGCCCGCCGCCGCCUCCCGCGUCCCGGGAAGGUCGCCCCCGUGCUCCCCACCGAGCCGCUCUGGGAGCCCCGCGGCGACGAGGCUUUCCCCCGCAGCCCCAGCUGGUGUGGCCAGGCCCCAAGUGUAGGAUGGGGCUUCCCCCACGAGGGCCGGUGGGCGCCAGAGCUGAUACAGCCCCCCUGGUCUGGGGCCGGGACACCAGCUGAGGACAGCGAGAGUAUCUGGAACUAUGGCUGGCGCCUCAGUGAAAGUGGCCGUGAGGGUUCGGCCCUUCAACGCCCGUGAGACCAGCCAGGAUGCCAAGUGUGUGGUCAGCAUGCAGGGCACCACCACCUCCAUCAUCAACCCCAAACAGAGCAAGGAUGCCCCGAAAAGCUUCACCUUUGACUACUCGUACUGGUCACACACUUCGGCUGAGGACCCGCAGUUUGCGUCUCAGCAGCAGGUGUAUCGCGACAUCGGAGAGGAGAUGCUGCUCCAUGCCUUCGAGGGCUACAACGUGUGCAUCUUCGCCUACGGGCAGACCGGGGCCGGCAAGUCCUACACCAUGAUGGGGCGGCAAGAGCCAGGCCAGCAGGGCAUCGUGCCCCAGCUCUGCGAGGACCUCUUCUCUCGUGUUAACAAGAACCAGAGUGCUGAGCUGUCCUACUCCGUGGAGGUGAGCUACAUGGAGAUCUACUGUGAGCGGGUACGAGACCUCCUGAACCCCAAGAGUCGGGGCUCUCUGCGGGUCCGGGAGCACCCCAUCCUGGGCCCCUACGUGCAGGACCUGUCUAAGUUGGCUGUGACCUCCUAUGCGGACAUUGCCGACCUCAUGGACUGUGGAAACAAGGCCCGGACUGUGGCCGCCACCAACAUGAACGAGACUAGCAGCCGCUCGCACGCCGUCUUCACCAUUGUCUUCACGCAGCGCUGCCACGACCAGCUCACUGGGCUAGACUCCGAGAAGGUCAGUAAGAUCAGUUUGGUGGACCUUGCCGGCAGCGAGCGGGCCGACUCCUCGGGGGCCCGGGGCAUGCGCCUGAAGGAAGGGGCCAACAUCAAUAAGUCCCUGACUACGCUGGGGAAGGUGAUCUCGGCCCUGGCGGAUCUGCAAUCGAAGAAGCGGAAGUCGGAUUUUAUCCCUUACAGGGACUCCGUGCUCACAUGGCUGCUCAAGGAGAACUUGGGUGGGAACUCCCGCACGGCCAUGAUCGCAGCCCUGAGCCCUGCAGAUAUCAAUUACGAGGAGACCCUCAGCACCCUCAGGUACGCUGACCGCACCAAGCAGAUCCGCUGCAACGCCGUCAUCAACGAGGACCCCAAUGCCCGGCUGAUCCGAGAGCUGCAGGAGGAGGUGGCCCGGCUGCGGGAGCUGCUCCUGGCUCAGGGGCUGUCCGCCUCCGCCCUGGGAGGCCUGAAGGUGGACGAGGGGAGCUCUGGAGGCACUCUGCCGGCCGUGUCACCCCCUCCUGCCCCUGCGUCCCCCUCACGCUCCCCAGCACACAAUGGGCAACUGGAACCAUCCUUCUCCCCCCACACCGAGCCCCAGAUCGGGCCCGAGGAGGCCAUGGAGCGGCUGCAGGAGACAGAGAAGAUCAUAGCCGAGCUGAACGAGACCUGGGAGGAGAAGCUGCGGAAGACAGAAGCCCUGAGGAUGGAGAGAGAAGCGCUGCUGGCUGAGAUGGGGGUGGCCGUCCGGGAGGACGGCGGGACCGUGGGCGUCUUUUCUCCUAAGAAGACCCCCCACCUGGUGAACCUGAAUGAAGACCCCCUGAUGUCCGAGUGUUUGCUCUACCACAUCAAAGACGGCGUUACCAGGGUCGGCCAGGUGGACGUGGACAUCAAGCUGACCGGGCAGUUCAUCCGGGAGCAACACUGUGCGUUCCGGAGCGUCCCGCAGCCGGACGGGGAAGUGGUGGUCACCCUGGAGCCUUGUGAAGGAGCCGAGACCUAUGUCAACGGGAGGCUGGUGACCGAGCCCCUGGUGCUGAAGUCAGGGAAUAGGAUCGUGAUGGGCAAGAACCACGUGUUCCGCUUCAACCACCCGGAGCAGGCACGGCUGGAGCGGGAGCGGGGGCUGCCCCCGCCCCCCGGCCCGCCCUCCGAGCCCGUGGACUGGAACUUCGCCCAGAAGGAGCUGUUGGAGCAGCAGGGCAUCGACAUCAAGCUGGAGAUGGAGAAGAGGCUGCAGGACCUAGAGAACCAGUACCGGAAAGAGAAGGAGGAGGCUGACCUUCUGCUGGAGCAGCAGCGACUGUACGCGGACUCGGACAGCGGCGACGACUCGGACAAGCGGUCGUGCGAGGAGAGCUGGCGCCUCAUCUCGUCCCUGCGGGAGCAGCUGCCGCCGACCACCGUGCAGACCAUCGUGCGGCGCUGUGGGCUGCCCAGCAGCGGGAAGCGUCGGGCGCCGCGGAGGGUGUACCAGAUCCCGCAGCGACGGCGGCUGCAGGGCAAGGACCCGCGCUGGGCCACCAUGGCCGACCUCAAGAUGCAGGCGGUCAAGGAGAUCUGCUACGAGGUGGCGCUGGCCGACUUCCGCCACGGCCGCGCCGAGAUCGAGGCCCUGGCCGCGCUCAAGAUGCGGGAGCUGUGCCGCACGUACGGCAAGCCCGAGGGGCCCGGGGACGCCUGGAGGGCCGUGGCCCGCGACGUGUGGGACACGGUGGGCGAGGAGGAAGGCGGCGGCGGCGGCGAGGAGGGCGCCCGCGGGGCCGAGGUGGAGGACCUCCGCGCCCACAUCGACAAGCUGACCGGGAUUCUGCAGGAGGUGAAGCUGCAGAACAGCAGCAAAGACCGGGAGCUGCAGGCCCUGAGGGACCGCAUGCUGCGCAUGGAGCGCGUCAUCCCUCUGGCGCAGGAGCAGGAGGACGAGAAGGCAGAAGAGGCCGGAGAGGCCGCCUGGGCCGCGCCCCCCGGGCCGGAGGCGGCGGAGGAGGCCCCCGGCGAGCGCGCGCCCCCGGCGCGGCCCCCCUCGCCGUCCCUGUCGAGCUGGGAGCGGGUGUCGCGGCUCAUGGAGGAGGACCCCGCCUUCCGCCGCGGCCGCCUGCGCUGGCUCAAGCAGGAGCAGCUGCGGCUGCAGGGACUGCAGGGCGCGGGGGGCCGGGGCGGGGGGCUGCGCAGGCCCCCCGCCCGCUUCGUACCCCCUCACGACUGCAAGCUGCGCUUCCCCUUCAAGAGCAACCCGCAGCACCGGGAAUCCUGGCCGGGGGCCGGGGAGGCCCCCGCCGCACCCCAAGCCCCCGAGGAGGUGGCACCCGCUGCGGCCGCCCCCGCGCGCCGGCCCCCGAGUCCCCGGCGGUCGCACCGGCCCCGCAGGAACUCCCUGGACGGAGGCGGCCGCUCCCGGGGAGGGGGCUCCGCGCAGCCUGAAGCCCAGCACUUCCAGCCCAAGAAGCACAACUAUUACCCCCAGCAGCCCCAGCCGUACCCCGCGCAGCGGCCCACGGGGCCCCGCUACCCGCCGUACACCACUCCCCCGCGCAUGAGGCGGCAGCGCUCGGCUCCCGACCUCAAGGAGAGCGGGGCGGCCGUGUGAGCGUCCCGAAGGCCCGGGUCGGGAGCAGAGCAGAAGCCGGAAACGCCGCUUCCCCGCGAGCCCCGGGCAGGGAGGCGCCAGGUGGGCGAGAAGGUCCGAGUAGGUGAUGGACGGCGUGGGAGAGGCUGGGCCGGAGGCCGCAGGAAGGAAGCGCGCGCGGAGUUGCCAGGAGCAAACCAAAGUGGAGAGAGAGGGUGGGGGCUGCCUCGGGGCGCCCCUUGCAGACGGGGGGGGGGGGGAGUCCCACAAAUGCUGCUA